AUGGGUUUGGGUUUUAUGGUGUUCGGCCAAGAAUUCACAAAACGGGUUGCUAAUCUAGAUAUCGGGCCGAAUUUAUCGCGUCAAACUACCCAUCUGAGUGGAACUGCUACUCAACCUCUACAGGUAAAGGCCUCAUUAUUUGCCGCGGGAUGCUUUUGUGAGUUGUCAGAUGACUUUGCUUAUAUUCUCUUGGAGAUGCUGGUUAAUUUGGUGACAUCGUCUGAGACAUCAACUGUUCUAAGGUUAGCAGGAGGGCAAGCUUUUUCUAAACUGGGGUGCUCAUCUUUGCUUGCAAGUAAAACUUAUAAGACGGGUCUAAAGCUAGUCUUUGAUUCUUCGGAAGAGGAUUUCUCUGUUGUGAUGCUGAUUUCACUUUCAAAAAUUGCUUCCAAAUCUGCAUUCCUGAUUUCUGACCANGGGACUACCCAUCUGAGUGGAACUGCUACUCAACCUCUACAGGUAAAGGCCUCAUUAUUUGCCGCGGGAUGCUUUUGUGAGUUGUCAGAUGACUUUGCUUAUAUUCUCUUGGAGAUGCUGGUUAAUUUGGUGACAUCGUCUGAGACAUCAACUGUUCUAAGGUUAGCAGGAGGGCAAGCUUUUUCUAAACUGGGGUGCUCAUCUUUGCUUGCAAGUAAAACUUAUAAGACGGGUCUAAAGCUAGUCUUUGAUUCUUCGGAAGAGGAUUUCUCUGUUGUGAUGCUGAUUUCACUUUCAAAAAUUGCUUCCAAAUCUGCAUUCCUGAUUUCUGACCAGAUGGUGUUGCUUUUCUCCUUUCUGAAUCAAGAGAAAUCUUUGCGUUUGCAAGUUACAUCAUUAAGGUGUCUACGAUAUAUCUUAGCUGGAGGAGUUUGUCAAGUUCCUGCUAGUACAGAAGCAAUCAAAACAUUGGUCAGCAUGCUAAAUGAAUCCAAAUUCGCACCAGCCUUGCAAUGUGAAGCUCUAGAAAUUUUGCAUAAGAUCCUCCUAUAUAACCUAUCAUCCCUUGCUUGCAUGGACAUGCUUAAUUUUUUACCCAAUCUGUUGACAAUUGUUCAGAAUGUAAUACAAUCUCCAAUCAUGUCGGAGAGACUCUUAGCUAUUGGUUUUCUUAAAAAUAUUUCUGGAAAGCUUGUUGGAAGGACAGAAAUGGCAUUAGAUGCAACUGGUUACACUUUGGCAUGCCAAGUUUUAUCAUUUGUCAUGGACCAGAUCUCCUUGCUGGUGAAGCCAGAGGCAGAUCUUUAUCAGCCUGAUUUGGAGAUGGAUCAAGAGAUUAAAAGCUUGCUCAACCUUCUCUUUCAUUUCAUUGAAGAACGUCCAAAUCUUGGUGGUCUUGUGAUGGAAAAAAUCUGUUCGUUUAUAAAAAAUCUGGUGAAUAUGCUUGACAGAUUUAGUGAAGCUGAGAAAUCAGAUUUAUCAAGGCAUGAGAUAAUGGGGUUCAGAGGAAAAAACAUCACGUCAAUCACAUCAAAGCUUAUAAUUUAUGUAUCCAAAAUUCUGGUUACUCGUCUCAAAAACUUAAAAGAAGCUGACAAAGUACUUGAUGCAGUGAAGCUUCUGGUUGAACGUGCACAACGGUGCAGCUUAUUUGAUUUCUAUAUGAACACAAUCUACUCUCUUCUGUUGCAUUCAAGUCUGGUUUGCUAUUGGACGUGGAACGAAAUUGAGGAAAACAACAAUUUUGAUAGAAACUUGCAAACAUCUCAUCUUGAUUCUAGUGUUCAGCAAGAGAUUCUUUCCAUUGAGUGGGCAAAGAAGAUGUUGGCAAGAAAGGAUAAUUGGUCUGCUUACAAAGCUGGAAAAUAUGCAGCAUGCCAGGGAGCAUGGUUUACGGCUGCUUUUAUAUUUUGGCAACUAAUGACAAUGGUUCAAUCUGAUUCUUGUUAUGGCUGGUUAAAAUCCUUGGCUCAAUUUGCUUACUCUGAAAGGAAAGUCCAAUUGUUUCUUUUCUUAAAACAAGGAUCCAAUAUAUUAGAUUGGAUAGAGAAUAACAAACUUCCUGCCGGACCUUUUGGAGAUGAUCUAAGUGAAACAGGGGAAGUCGUUGCUUUUAAGAUCAACUCGCCAGACUUCAUUGAAAAUCUUGUUGGGGCUUGUAAAAUCCUUCACUCUGUAGAGGAAGCAUUUGGAGCCUCUGCUGCAGGUCAUGCUUUCAGUUUUCAAAGAUGGUUUUUGGCUCAGAGAGUAAAGGUUUUAGAAACUGUGUCGGAUAUACUGAAAUUGUUGAGAACAGUUCCAGGUCACGAUAGCAUUAGCAACAGCAAACAAAUACAGGGAAGGAUUGUGGUUGAGAACCCAAAAUUUUUGUGUGCAGUCAACUCCCUGGUUGGGCUUGCACGAGAAUUUGAUUUGAUUGCAACAUCUUUCAUUGGCAUGGAUAGAAAAAGUUCGUUGGUCAUUUCCGCACUUGCACUAAGUUGUUCAUUGUUGGCCUUCAGUGCUGUAUUUGCGUUUUCAAUUCCAAAACUACAUUCUUUAGAAGAUUUUAUAAUUUCUGGUAUGGAUAACACGGAGGGUAAUUUGCAUGCCAUGCUAAUACAAGAAUUAAUUGCGCGAAUGUGGCGUACAGAUUGUGAUACCAACAGAAAACUAUGGUUGCUAUUCAAGGUUUGGGGAAAGCCUAGGAGCUGUUUUUGGCCACAGUCCAGAAAUCAAACAUCAAACAGCAUUCAUGAAGCAAAAGGUAUUUUUGCGUUGUGUAAUUAUUCAGUGACAAAGAUUGUUGUCUUGCAAAAUGAGGCAAACAGUGUACACGACGAUGAGAGUAAAUCUCAUUUUACCAAUAAUGGUUUGCAACUUCUGUUGGACAUCAUUAUGAAAUGGAUGCACACCUCUUGCCGGACUCCCAAUCACUUCUUUCGAGUAAGGCCUUGUAUUACUUCUGAGCUCUUUGCAACGAAUGGAGACAGCAGAGGUGUAGAGGGAAUAUCUGUCUUGCAAGGCUUCCAUCUGUCACUAAAUCUUUGCCUUCAAUUGAAAGAUGUGCCACCAAACCAGCCAAUACGGCUAACCAAGUUGUACUGCAUCCUUCAUUGUAAAACAUCUUUUCAGAUACCCCAUCCAACUGGAGAAAAUAAAGGGCAAACAGAGUUGGGUUAUCAAGAUUGGGGAACUGAUGACAUGGUUGAUCUGAAUGGAAAGCUGUGGAGGCCUUGUAUUACUUCUGAGCUCUUUGCAACGAAUGGAGACAGCAGAGGUGUAGAGGGAAUAUCUGUCUUGCAAGGCUUCCAUCUGUCACUAAAUCUUUGCCUUCAAUUGAAAGAUGUGCCACCAAACCAGCCAAUACGGCUAACCAAGUUGUACUGCAUCCUUCAUUGUAAAACAUCUUUUCAGAUACCCCAUCCAACUGGAGAAAAUAAAGGGCAAACAGAGUUGGGUUAUCAAGAUUGGGGAACUGAUGACAUGGUUGAUCUGAAUGGAAAGCUGUGGAGGUAUGUGACAGCGUGUCCCAAGGUUAGCAGUAUGCACACUAGAAAUAAUGCUGGUGAUAUUGGGGUUGUUGAUACAUUUGUGUAUUUUGAACCAAAUGAGCGGGGGCAGGGAUUCUCUACAUGUUUGCUAGAUAUUUCUGCUUUUCCGGUAGGUUCUUACAGAAUAAAAUGGCAUAGCUGUUGCGUGGACAUUAAUGGUUGUUAUUAUAGCCUUUUGCCUUUUAAAGCCGGUCUGGUGUUUACAGUUCAGGAAUCUUCUGUUGUUAGGUGAUUCCAUAUGAGCUUCAUGGGUUCUGUAAAUUAUUGCCUGUUUUGUAUUAAGUGGAAAGAAAAAUUAUGAGUUUUUGUUCUAAUGUUAUACACCAUGAGUUUUCGAGCACUCCCUUUUGUGGAAGUAGCACAAGGUUCUUCUACCUUUCAUCCUGUG